AAAGAGAAAAAAUUCUCUAACGGUCAAAAAAAGAAAUAAAUAAAACAAAAAAAAAAGCUCAAAAUCCCAACGGUCUUGUUAAAAUCUCUUUGUUGUCAGCUCCUUCAACAACAAAGAAACGUUGCAUUUUCACCUGUGAAUUCAUUUUUAUUCCUCCAAAUUUUAUCUGGGUUUUGUACAUACUCUGUUCAUUCUUCAAGAACCAUGGAGAUAGCUGUCAUCGAUUGGAAAACCAUUGAUUCAAGAUUUGUUAAAGACGAUCUUUAUGAGCAUUUUAAAGCUCCUCAAUGGGUCGAUUUCUUCGCCCCCGAUGCUCCUGUUGAUGAUGAUGCUUGGUUCUGCAGACCUGAGUGUAAUCAUCCAAAGACAGUGGAAGAUUUCUAUAAAGUAGCUACCCCUUCCUCCUCUUCGAAGCUUCAAAGAUCAGCUAGUGUAUCUGAUAUUCCUCUUGGGGAACGAAAUAGGAGAGAUGCAACAUUGAAGAAGAGGGGGCUAAUUCAACCGUUGGUAUCAUUGAAUAAGGAUUAUAAAUGUGAUAAGAUUGUUGAAGAUGGUGAAAAUCAGAAUCCCAAUUUUGCAACCCCUCCAAGGUUCAAGGCUAAAUUGAUGAAACAAACAAUCAAGUCGAGCGCGGAGAAGAAGCCAGUUGAUGAAAAAGAGGAACAUAUACCAAAGCUGAAAAGUACUCUUUCAGCUAGGAAUCUUUUUGCUGGUGGGGAUUUGUUGAACAAAGUGUCUGAGUUUUGCAAUGAGCUGAAGAGAUUAGUAGUUACCAGGACUAAAGAGAGAGAGAAGUGUGCAGAUGAGAACUUGGAAACAAGUCCAUUAAUGGUUGAUGAUAAAGAAAGGGAAAGGAAGCCAUUGCUGGAGAUGAAUAAAGAGACUAAUGAACUAGUGGCAAAGAGCAACACUAAGGACAAACAGAGAAGGAAACUGAGAAAUGAUAAUGCAGAAAACACACCAAUACUUGUGGAUGUGAAGAACAUUAAGCGCAGAGAUGAAGAAAUUUUGUCUCAGAUCCGCACAAAUCCUCCCACUCCUCAGUGUUUCUCAGCCAGCCGGGGAGUUACAAAGGCUGCUCCAUCUAAGCCUUUGAUAAGGCCUCUGGAAACAAGAGGGAUCCUUCAAGAGCUGGAAAAAAGCAGCAAUGAAGGGAAGAGAAAGGAAGAUCCAGGGAAGAUGAUGACUAGUAACAAUAAUCAACAAGGGCAGAGAGGUGGUGGUGUUAUUGUUGCUGAAAAAGAAGCUGCAAGAGCUUUGGAUGUUUUCUGGUUCUUGAAGCCUUGCACACUUGCCAGCUGAAAGGUUCAAGCCACACACCACUGUUGCUGAACAAACAUUUCAUGAAGUGCUUACUCCUUCAUACUUAAAAAAGUUGUCAUUUUGUUUUUCCAUAUUCUUUCAUUCUUUAUAGUUUCUGAUACACUCAAUCAAUCUAUGAGUUUUUACCCCCUUCUGUGAGGACAAUAAGUUGUAAGAAAACAGUUCAAAGGUCCACAAUAUUAAAUAACAUUAUCCUUUUAUUGAUGGAAAAAGUUGAUUUUCAGAAUAUAUAUAUCUAUUAGAAAAGAUAAGAUUGUGAUUGAUUCUUGCCAUGAGAACCUAAAAAGCUCUCAGCUUUAUCUCCAUCUCCAUUUAUUUUUAUCAUGGAAAAGAACCCCACAGCAGAAAAAGGAGUCCCCCUCAUCUUUUUCACUUGGCAAUAAUUCUCUUGGAACAGUGAUAAACCAAAACAGCAAUAUUCAGAUCUUGUCUUAACAAAACAUUAUAAACUAAUUGAAUUAUGCAUAGAAACGGAAACAAUUGCAACCAAUAAUAACCCUUUUUUUUAUUAAUGCACUUUGAUUUAACAUGAACCAUCAAAUCUCUGAAACAAAAAAACAAAGCCUUGCAGAGAGAACCACCAAACAAAUCCACAAACCCAGAGAUAUAUUGUAGGCUGAAACUUGAAAAUUGAAAAAAAAAAAAA